AUGCCCAAAAACACUUCCAUUAUUAAUGUGGUGAGGAACAAGCAGGUGAUAUUCCGGGACUACGUGAGCGGCUCCCCCGAGGAGACGGACAUGGAGGUGCGCGAGUCGGUCCUGGAGUUGCGAGUCCCGGAGGGCUCCAACGGCGUCCUCGUGAGGAAUCUCUACCUGUCCUGCGAUCCUUACAUGAGGAUUCGCAUGAGGAAGCUCGAUGUCCCCAGUUACCGCGAAUCCUUCCAUCCUGGUUCGCCUAUUAUUGGAUAUGGAGUAGCUAGAGUUUUGGAAUCUGGUCAUCCAAACUUCAAGAAGGGCGACUUGAUUUGGGGCAUCACUGGAUGGGAGGAGUGUAGUCUAAUUACUGCGCCAGAGACUUGCUUUAAAAUUGAACACACUGAUGUUCCUCUGUCUUAUUAUACCGGUCUUUUGGGUAUGCCAGGCAUGACAGCUUAUGUUGGGUUUUUCAAGGUAUGCUCUCCUAAGAAAGGAGAGACUGUUUUCAUAUCAGCGGCAUCAGGAGCUGUUGGUCAGCUUGUUGGCCAGUUUGCAAAGUUGAUGGGCUGUUAUGUUGUUGGGAGCGCCGGUAGCAAAGAGAAGGUUGAUUUGCUGAAGAACAAGUUUGGUUUUGAUGAUGCUUUCAACUAUAAGGAGGAACUGGAUCUGGAUGCAACACUGAAAAGAUACUUCCCUAAGGGGAUUGAUAUCUACUUCGAAAAUGUGGGCGGAAAGAUGCUUGAUGCAGUGCUGCUCAACAUGAAACUUCAUGGCCGAAUAGCAGCAUGUGGAAUGAUCUCACAGUACAACCUCGAGCAGCCUGAAGGCGUAUGCAACUUGAUGAACCUUAUCCUGAAGCAGGUUCGAAUGGAAGGUUUUGUAGUGUCCGAUUAUUAUCAUCUCUACCCGAAGUUCCUGGAGACAGUGUUGCCUCAGAUCAAAGAGGGGAAGAUUGUGUAUGUGGAAGACAUUGCCAAAGGGCUCGAGAACAGUCCAGCUGCUCUUGUGGGGCUGUUCUCUGGCCACAAUGUUGGGAAACAAGUGAUCAUGGUUUCUCGUGAAUGAGUCCGCUUUCUGUACUUUUUCAACGGCAUAGUCUCAUGUUGAUUUCUAUCUGUCUUUGCAUGGCCGUAUUGUUAUGCGAGAACAUAGAGGUGGUUUCUUUUUCUGGCGAUGAUACAAAGAAAAUUUGACAGCAAAAUGUGUCUUGUAUAAGAAGGGACAUGGGGUUGUUUUCUGGUAGCAA